AUGAACGUAGAAACAUCAAAUUCUGAUAAAGUAUAACAAAUCCUACUCAAAUAAGAGUAAUUGUUAAAAGAAUAAAAAUACUAUGAAUAUGAAUAAAAAAUACUAACAUUUGGAUCCAGAUUCAUUAAUUAGUAAAAUAAGGAUGGAGCUAUCACUCUUUAUUUAUAAGCCAGCAAACUUCUGGUUAAGAACAAUCAAGACAAUUCAGGCUUUAAUUUAGCUACAGAAGUAAUCAAAAUAUCAGAUGAUUUGGAUUCUCAAAAUAUUGCUUAGAUAAUGUCAAUUUAUUCCAUAGCCCAAUUCAGUAAAUUGAAAGUCCAAUUCAUAAAUAAGGUGCUCAAGAAAUAUCCAAACUAUAAAGACUAAAUUUGUUAAUAAGUAGGUGUGGAUCUAAUCAACCAUAACAAAUUCCAUUUAGCCUGGAGAUACCUAAUAUAAUUAUCUGAUGUCAAUACAGAAAUUCAGAUGCUAGUAAAAUGGAAUUAGCAAUUGUCUGAAUAAGAAAGACAGUAUAACUUAAUCAGAUAUUUGUUAAUUAAACUUGGACAAGGAUUAUUCAACGAAAGUGUUAAAAUAUUGCAUGAAUUAAUUCCUACCACAGUCACUUAGGAGGCUCUAUUCAUUCAUCUUUUAGUGAAAUCAAUAAGAAUUUAAAGCAGAGAAGCAUACGAUUUGGUUUUCAAUAAAUUUAAGGUUGUUAUAGACGCAGAUCCAAUAUUCUAAGAGUUAUAUUAUAAAGUGGGAGUGAAAUACUUUGGACUGAAAGAAAAGGAAUAAUCAUCAUAGGGUAUUGGUGGAUUAUUGAGUUAGUUCUUUUAAUGA